CGGCUCCUCCUAUGGGCGGGCACACAUCUGCAGGCCUGCGCCGCUCCUGCACAGCUCUGCGACCCUGCUGUCCUGCACAGUCAUGGCAGCCGUCAGGGCUCUGGUGACGUGGAGACUAGCGACAGCCGCGCGCUCUCCGUUCUCAGGACUCCUGCGGUCUCUCUCUGCGUGCCACACGCCGUCCUCCCAGCGCGCUGCCCUUCACGGCUCUGCGCCGUGCCCCGGGGCCAGGGUCGCGUUGAUCGGGCUGCGGAGUCUAUGACGGGACAGAGAUCCACGAGGCCUCCGCGGUCCUGGUGCACUUGAGCCGUGGUGGGGCCGAGGUCCAAAUCUUCGCCCCUGAUGUCCCCCAGUUGCAUGUGAUUGACCACACCAAGGGGCAGCCUUCCGAGAGCGAAAGCAGGAAUGUUUUGGCAGAGUCUGCACGGAUUGCCCGAGGCAAGAUCACCAACCUGGCUCAGCUCAGUGCAGUAAACCACGAUGCUGCCAUUUUCCCAGGAGGUUUUGGAGCUGCCAAAAACCUGAGCACAUUCGCUGUGGACGGGAAGGACUGCAAGGUGAAUAAGGAGGUGGAGCGUGUCCUGAAGGAGUUCCACGGAGCUGGGAAGCCCAUUGGCCUGUGCUGCAUUGCACCUGUCCUUGCAGCCAAAGUGAUCAAAGGGGUCGAGGUCACCGUGGGCCAUGAGCAAGAGGAGGGUGGCAAGUGGCCUUUUGCUGGGACCGCAGAAGCCAUCAAAGCCCUGGGCGCCAAGCACUGUGUGAAGGGUGUGACCGAAGCUCAUGUGGACCAGAAGAACAAGGUGGUCACAACCCCAGCCUUCAUGUGUGAGACUGCGCUCCACCAUAUCCACGAUGGGAUCGGGGCCAUGGUGAAGAAGGUGCUGGAACUCACGGGAAAGUAACGCUGCUCGGGCCUGUCUGCCCUGGACUUGUCUCCUGUUAGAUGUGUGGGGCUUUCUACCUGAAGAACGAGGUCAGUCUGCUGCAUCCUGGGCUUGUCCCAGCCCCUUCCACCAGCCGGAGAGCAUAGCCCCUGCUUAGGCCCCGAGGAACAGUGGAGUCUGACUUUAUUCUGUGCUCCCAUAAUGGAAGGAGGCCUGAGCCAGCUUUUCCAGAGAAUUUGGUAGAAAUACUUAGGUUCUAAAAUCCUAGGUCUGAUGGGUCAGGAUACUUGUUUUUUUUUUUUCCUUUUUUUUUUUUUUUUUUUUUCUGUCUUUUU